AACAAAAGCUGGCAUGGAAGGAAGAAAAUCUUCAGAGGCUGCAUCUGCUGAGGACAAAAAUAAACAUGACGAUCAAAGUAAAGAGCGUGAGGUGGCUCCAGACUCGCCUUCAAAACAGCUCCCUGACCAGAUUUCCUUCUUCAGCGGGAAUCCCUCAGUUGAAAUUGUUCACGGCAUUAUGCAUCUGUACAAAACAAACAAGAUGACCUCUUUAAAAGAAGACGUAAGGCGCAGCGCCAUGCUGUGUAUCCUCACAGUCCCUGCGACGAUGACCAGUCACGACCUGAUGAAGUUUGUGGCUUCCUUCUACGAAGUAAUUGAGCACAUGAAAAUCAUUCGAGAUUCCACUCCAAACCAGUACAUGGUGCUGAUAAAGUUUAGCUCGCAGGCUGAUGCAGAUAGCUUUUAUAUGGCAUGCAAUGGCCGGCAGUUCAACUCUAUAGAAGAGGAUGUUUGCCAGCUGGUGUACGUGGAAAGGGCUGAAGUCUUCAAAUCAGAAGAUGGGGCCAGCCUGCCUGUGAUGGAUCUGACAGAGCUCCCGAAGUGCACGGUGUGCCUGGAGAGGAUGGAUGAGUCUGUGAACGGGAUCCUUACCACGCUGUGUAACCACAGCUUUCAUAGCCAGUGUCUGCAGCGGUGGGAGGACACCACGUGUCCUGUCUGCAGAUACUGCCAAACGCCUGAGCCGGUGGAAGAGAACAAGUGUUUUGAGUGUGGAGUUCAAGAAAACCUUUGGAUCUGCUUAAUAUGUGGGCACAUAGGCUGUGGCCGGUACGUGAGCCGACAUGCUUACAAACACUUCGAGGAGACCCAGCACACCUACGCAAUGCAGUUGACCAACCACAGAGUCUGGGACUAUGCUGGAGAUAACUACGUCCAUCGACUGGUUGCAAGUAAAACUGAUGGGAAGAUAGUUCAGUACGAGUGCGAGGGAGAUAUGUGUCAGGAAGAGAAAAUUGAUGCCUUACAAUUAGAGUACUCAUAUUUGCUAACAAGCCAGCUGGAAUCGCAGCGAAUCUAUUGGGAAAACAAGAUUGUCCGAAUAGAAAAGGAUACGGCCGAAGAGAUUAACAACAUGAAGACCAAAUUUAAAGAGACCAUUGAGAAGUGUGACAGUCUGGAACAGAGGCUGAAUGACUUGCUCAAAGAAAAGCAGUCUGUCGAAAGGAAGUGUUCUCAGCUGAAUAACAAAGUGGCUAAGCUUUCCAACGAGCUGAAGGAGGAGCAAGAACUGAAUAAGUGUUUGCGAGCGAAUCAAGCCUUGCUUCAGAACAAACUAAAGGAGGAGGAGAGAGUGUUAAAGGAAACCUGCGAACAGAAGGACCUGCAGAUCUCCGAGAUCCAGGAGCAGUUGCGGGAUGUCAUGUUCUACUUAGAGACGCAACAGAAAAUCAAUCACCUCCCAGCUGAGACCCGACAGGAGAUUCAGGAAGGACAGAUCAACAUUGCAGUGGCCUCUUCUGCCAGCUCCUCCACGGGGGGCACAGGCAAACCUUCUUCCAGGAGAGGCCGUGGCAAGAGGGGCAAAUGAAAACCAGAGUGCUCUGCUCUCAUGCUGAAACUGGCCAUGCUGUUGCUAGGCCAGGCUCACCUCUCGGGACUCUGGCUGGGAACGCCCAGUUCACUAAAGCUCGGCUAGAAAUUGUCUUCAGAGCUGCUCAUAAAACUGGCUGCCAGUCAGUGGAGGUGUCUGUGGUAUUUAAAAACAUUUCACUGCACUAUUUAGCUAUUUUUAGGCAGAUCUUAAUGACCAUUUUGCCUUCCUACCUUUUCAAAGCCCCUCCUGUCAUGCAUUUGACUUUCUUCUUGGAGAGUGUACUGUUUUGGGGUGGGUGGGUGUGUAUGUGUUAAACAUCGCAUUCCCUAAGGGGAUGCUGUAGAGUAGGCUAGGCCCAGUGUGUAACUUCUCCAGUUCUUCUCCUGGAUUAAAAGUAUUCUCAAUUAAGAAAUGAUUUUAUUUAAUAAACAGUGUAAAUUUAGAUGAUAUACAUCUCCUUUUAGUAUGUGCAGUCCUGACACUGCAGAACUGCUAGUGCCGGAGUAGAACUGUAGUUUGGAAAUAAAAAGGAGUGAGGUGUGGAAAAUAAACCAUCUUAGCAGUGUAAGAAACUGAACGAGUCCUAAAGGCUUGUAAUCUAGGCUAUUAAACGCUUUAAGGGACUUUGCUACUAUCUGUUUCUUCAUUUUAAAGAUGGCCUUUGAAAGGCCAGUGCUUGCUGCCUUUGGGGCAGAAAGCAUGGAAGUUUUAUAUUCUGGGAACUGUUUAACAUGGUUAUUUUACAGGCGUUUCUACUAAUUAAAUAGAGCCGUCUUUG